CAGUGAAACACAUGCAGAGGGCUCUGAAUAACAUUUCGGGAAAGGGGGGAAUCAAAAAUAUUCCUGACAGACUGGUACUCUGCUUCAAGGACGUGCAAAGGCUGCUGGAGUUCUUUGAUGCUCAAGGUGAGCACAGACAAUCGGUGGGGAAUUAGCGGUGCCAGAAACCCUCUCACAGUUCGCUGGCGGCGGCCCGUCUCGUGCGGUCUUCAGGAUGAGAUUGUCGAUCGGUCCCGCCUUGGUGCUUUCAGUCACAAGCUGGCUAACAGACUGGGCGGGGGUCCAAAGCGCCAAAGUAGAAUUUGGCCCAGUGUUUGCAGAGCAGCCAAAAAAUACCUUGUAUCCUGAAGGAUCAGCGGAAGGGAAGGUGACGUUAAACUGUCAAGUGCGUGCCAGCCCGCCUGCUACGUACAGGUGGAAAGUGAAUGGGACGGACAUUACCAUCGAAGGCAAUGACCAUUACAGCUUGGUUGGAGGAAACCUAGUGAUCAGUAACCCAACACGGUCCAAAGAUCCUGGGUCCUAUCAGUGUCUGGCAACAAACAGAAUUGGGACAGUCAUCAGCAAAGAAGCCUUCCUGCGCUUUGGUUACCUUUCCCAGUUUUCAACAGAGGAGCGGGAUCUUAUAAAGGUGCAGGAAGGAGCAGGAGUCGUUCUACCUUGCAACCCACCCCCACAUUAUCCAGGUCCUUCAUAUCGUUGGUUUAUCGGUGAAAUCCCAAACUUCAUUAUACCGGAUGACCGGCACUUCAUCUCACAAGUGACAGGGAACUUCUACAUCGCCAAAACAAAGACGUCAGAUACAGGGGCUUAUUCCUGCUAUCUCACCAGCCACAUUGACUAUGCUACAACCAGUGUUUUCAGCAAGUCCAUUUCUUUGACUGUACAGCCUGUAGCUGGUGAAGGUCGGAGUCACUCUCCACACAUUCGAGUAAAAUUUCCCUCAGAAACCUAUGCCCUGGCUGGACAAUCCCUGAAUCUGGAGUGCUUUGCCCUCGGAAAUCCAGUGCCCAAAAUUAAAUGGAAGAAGCUGGAUGGACCGAUGCCCUCAAAAGUUUUGAAAUCCGUGAACAAGCCCGUCCUUCACAUACCGGAUGUACAGUUUGAGGAUGAAGGCAUCUAUGAAUGUGAGGCAGAAAACUCAAAAGGAAAGGACUCAACGCAGGGGAGAAUUAUCGUUCAUGCUCAGCCAGAUUGGCUUCAAAUCAUCAGCGACACGGAGGUUGAUAUCGGCUCCGUCCUUUGGUGGAAAUGUGCGGCUGCAGGAAAGCCCCGGCCUACUUGUAGGUGGCUGAGGAAUGGUUUGCCGUUAACGUCUAAGAGCCGCUUUGAAGUCAAUAGUUGCGCGUUGAAGAUCUCAAGACUGGCUCUGGAGGAUUCGGGAAUGUACCAGUGCGUUGCUGAGAACAAACACGGAACUAUUUAUGCGAAUGCAGAGUUGAAAGUAGAAGCUUUUCAUCCGGAUUUCCAAGCGAACCCAGUGAGAAGGCUCAUUCCGGCAGCUCGUGGAGGAGAGGUGAUGAUUGAGUGCAGCCCACGGUCUGCUCCAAAACCUAGCAUCCUUUGGAGCAAAGGAACGGAAAUUCUCUCCAACAACAGCAGAGUGACCAUCACCGCAGAUGGCACCUUGAGGAUUACGAACAUUAGUCGAACAGAUGAAGGGAAGUAUACCUGCUUUGCGGAGAACUUUCUGGGAAAAGCGAACAGCACUGGCACUGUGUCAGUCAGAGAUGCCACCAAAAUUACUCUGGCCCCAUCCAAUGCUGACAUCAACCUCGGAGAAGACGUUAUUCUGCAGUGCCAUGCAAGUCAUGAUCCCACCAUGGACCUCACCUUCACCUGGUCAGUGAAUGAAUCGCCUAUCGACUUUGAUGUUUUACGGGACCAUUACCAACGUGUUUCCACACGGGAAACUAUUGGAGACCUCAAGAUAACCAACGUGCAGUUGAAACAUGCCGGAAGAUACACAUGCACAGCCCAAACUGUAGUGGAUGGCGCCUCAGCAUCUGCAGUACUGGUGGUGCGAGGUCCACCAGGUCCUCCUGGAGGUGUUGUGGUGAAGGAAAUCAAUGAUACAGCUGUGUUGCUAAGCUGGAGCAGAGGCUACGACAACCACAGCCCAAUCGGCAGGUACAUAAUACAAGCCAGGACACUGCUAUCUGAGGAGUGGAAGAGUGUCAGGACAGCUCCGCAGCACAUAGAAGGCAACCUGGAGUCAGCCUGGGUAAUAAACCUUAUCCCAUGGAUGGAUUAUGAAUUCCGAGUCAUAGCCAGCAACAUCUUGGGCACUGGUGAUCCCAGCCUGCCCUCACAGACAAUACGCACCAAAGAAGCAGCUCCCACUGUGGCUCCAUCGAACAUCAGUGGGGGAGGUGGCAAUCAGCACGAGGUGACAAUCCUGUGGGCGCCCGUGCCUCGUGAGUACCAGAACGGUGAAGGCUUUGGUUACAUCAUUACCUUUCGAAAGGAGGGAACAAGAGAGUGGAAAAACGCUGAAGUCCUCGGAGCGGAAUCCUCCCGAUACGUUUACCAGAAUAACACCAUUGUACCGUAUAGCCGGUUCGAGGUGAAAGUGAAGGCGUUCAACAACAAGGGACAGGGUCCAUACAGCCAGAUCAUAGUUGUCUACUCUGCAGAAGAAGAGCCCAGCGUUGCCCCUUCUGAGGUCAAAGCCAUCAGCAUCUCAUCGUCCGAAAUUGAGGUUAGCUGGAAGCCAGUCGGUCAGGUCACGAUGAAUGGUAUACUACUGGGCUAUGAGAUCAGGUAUUGGAGAGGGAAUGAUAAGGAGGAGUCGGCAGAUCGAGUGAGGACCCCGGGUCUAGAAACCACAGCGCGGGUCAGCGGCCUAAGGCCCAGUACGCUGUACCAUGUGGAGGUCAGAGCCUACAACAGUGCAGGGAGUGGACCAUCCAGCUCAUCUACCACCGUUGUCACCAGGAAAGCACCUCCAAACCGGCCACCAAGUAAAAUCACUUGGAAGGCACACGGCUCCUGGGUCAAGAUUAAAUGGGACCACGUCAAGGCCUUUGAGAAUGAAUCGACCGUGGAUGGAUACAAGGUGCUGUACAAGCCCGAAGACGAAUCCUCCAUCAAAGUCACAGAGACCAACAAAAACUCUGUGCAGCUGCCGUUUUCCGAGGACCUGAGCUACCUGGUAAUGAUCAGAGCGUCCGGGGAAGGAGGGGACGGAGCAGCGGCAAAAAUCAGGAUAUCUAAAGGCUCAGGUACCAGCAUGAUGGUGAAUGACUCAGGGAUGCAAGUCCUCCACAACGUUCUCUUCACUGCCAUACUAACACUUAUUACUAUUGGCUGCCUGGAACUCUGACUGCAACCACUCACCUGAAUCGUUGCUGCACGCCAUUUUCCAAUGAAGGAUGAGUCAUCCAACACCAAACUGUUUAUAGUAUUAAAAAUGUGACAUUUGUCUUACAAUUUUAGGUAGAAACUUUCAUACAUUUGUUGAAUUGGGGUAAGAAACAUAAAAAUUUUGUAAAAAAAAAAUGGGAAACAUCAACAAUAAGAUUUCAUAAUCCAUUUGAUUUGGAGGUUGUAACCUGGGGAGUUAAAUUGGACAAUAAUAUACCAGAGACUGAGCUGUAUAGAACAAUCUUUCCUUUUAUAUGCAAAGUAUUGUACAUUUGUAGAUACAAUGCCUAUUCCAGACAGGAGAUUUUGGCUACAUGGUUUCCAAGGUCCAAGAAGGUAUUGUGAUGUACCAGCUUCUCUGUGGAACUUGUCCCUUUUGCACAGUUUCACCUCUCACAUCUUUUGGUUUUGGCUCUUGGAUCUUGAAAGUUCCUGAAUUUCUCUUCCUAAUCACUUGAACAAGGAACCUACUCAAAUGACAAAUCCUUCCAAAUUACCCUGACCCCUCCCAACCUCAGAACCACUGUCACAUGAGCUUUCCUGCUCAUCCCAAUGUGAUGCUUCCUAUGGUUGUCAUGGUGACCCUCAGUGGAAGACAUGCAUGGGUGAACAGGUUAAGCUGGGUUUGGUCUCUAAUAGAGUGUUUUCUGUAUGAUGGUCCACACUUACUGUUUGAUGAGGUCUCUGUGAUUCUCACCAGGAUUAACAGUCUGAGCGUGGGCAAAGUUAGAUGAGGUUUAUCAUGUUUGACUGAGGCAGCUAAUGGGAGUAAAGGUGCAGAUCAUCUCAUGAUCUAAAUUAACAGGGGAAACUUGUGGAGCUGAAUGGCCUACACUUGCUCCCAGAUGUCAUAAAGCCUGACUCAAGAAUUUGAGAGGGAGAGGUCACGGAACUCACGAUAUUAAUUAAUCAAAUACCCUUAGAAGCCAUCUGCAGUUCAAGGAAAUUGUGAUCAUUACCUAUUGAGCCCUUUCUGUGAGGACAAGCAAUGUUGCAAGUUUCAAAGUAAAUUUAAGUUCACUUAAAAAAUAAGAGAAAAAAAACAAGCAUGUAUAGUUUGCAGUUGAGCGAUCCAAAUACAGGACAAGAGACCAUGGCUCAUUGAACACUCAGCCAUAACAUAACAGAACAAUGCAGAUUUGACCUUGAUAGCCAAUCACAUCAUAAAGAGAUGCACCGUCAUUGCAGACUAUGCAGUUGCCAGGAUCGUGGCAUCAUCUGAUACCCUUGGCACCGCUGUAUAUCAAAGUAGAAGACGGGUUGACAACCAGUCCAGAGUUGAAUUCAAGAUGAAAAAUAGUGCAGCAACAAUCAUAAGGUUGCUAAUGCAAUGAAACAGCGAUGAGAUUUUAUUAAACCUUAUAGUUGGUUGGCUACAUGGAGCCAGUUUGGCUCCAAGUAAAGUCACUGUGGAUGACCAAUGGGGUAGAGUAGGAUUGUGUAGAGUAAAGUAGUAAAGAGGAUACUGAUUGGUCUGUGAGAAUGGAAGGAUGUAGUAGAUGAAACAAGCUUAACCUAUAGUAAAAGGGGUGUGAGAAAUAGUGGCUUGUGGCACUUAGGUGGGGUUGUUCAUUGGCUUGUACAGGAUGAGUUAAUAGUUCAACUUCUUCCCUGACUGGGAGAAGAUUAAUAUGUUUAAUUUAUUUAAUUUAAUUAUUUGGUUAACUGGAGGGAUGGAGGCCAAAUGCUUUGACUGGUUCAAUGUUUGAAAACCACGCACCUGUCGUAUUUCAGGGUCUCACUGUCUCCCUAAAGAGAUUAUCAGAAUCGGGUUUAUCGUCACUGACUAAUGUCAUGAAAUCUGUUGUUUUGUGGCAAGACACAAUAAAAAAAAGUUACAAAAUAAAAAGUAAAAUAAAUAAAUAGUGCAAAGAGGAAUAGAGAGGUAGCAUUCAUGAGUUCAUGGUGCACUCAGAAAUGUAAUGGCAAAGGGGAAGAAGCUGUUUUUUAAGUCUCAGAACUGGGAUGUACUGGUGGGCUGGUGGGGGCAGAGUGCCGGCAGUCUUCUAAAAGAAGGUUGUGUGAAGCCAGUACAGUGGAAUGGAGAUGGAAAUUGUUGGAUGUGUACCUUUCAAGAUGCCACCACGUCCCUGCGGAGAGAUGAAGACAGCGUACUGUCUUUCACCGUCAUAAAGUACCAGCAUUCAAACCUGCAGUCAGUGAGCAGACCCAUCGAUAAUGCCUUGGAGCUACAGACAGUCUGCUGGCACUCUGUGCUUAACUCUCAUUACACCAUUCCGUCCAUGCUGAGUGCACCUUUACAGAUACCUGCUGUCUCGGGAGGGAUUACCCAUUUAAAGUUUAGGAAAAGGGAUAAACGGAAGCAGCAGUGAACAGAAAUUUGCAAACUACCCCCUGUGUGCCUCAUUCUCCAAACCUCAUUCUAUAUCAGGUGAGGUUCUCAAAUGCUUAACAUCUUGUUGCUAGCUUCCUAACUAGGGUCCUUUAAGUCUGGUUAACAUUGCAACAUGGUCAAAUAUAAGCCCAACAUUUACAAUGGCAUUGCCAAGUACCGAAGCGUUCUGCCCAUAACAUUUUUGCAGCCAUAGGCAAACCCUUUAAAUUGGAUAUGAUAGUUUAGAGGAACAAUCUGUUCUGAGUUAUAUUGGGUUAUGGGAAGAGAAGCUCAAAAGAUUAGUCUUUGUUUGGUCUUAUAAGGUGGUACUCAGCAUACAGUUAAUUCCAAUAACUGCAAUCUCUGUGACCUUCAACGCUGGGAUUUGAGUGCCUCAGAAACUGUUGACCUCCUGGGAUUUUCAUGCACGGCAGACUCCAGGGUUUGCAGAGAACGGUGCGAGAAACAAAAAAGCAUCCAGUGAGCGGUAGUCUGUGGGCAAGAAUGCCUUGUUAAUGAGAGAGGUCAGAGGAGAAUGUCCAAGCUUGUUCAAGCGGACAGGAAGCGACACUAACUCAAAAAACCAUGCGUUACAACAGCGGUGUGUAGAAGAGCAUCUCUGAAUGCACAACACAUCGAACCUUGAAAUGGAUGGGCUACAGCAGCAGAAGACUAUGAAUGUACACUCAGAGGCCACUUUAUUAGGCACAGGAGGUACAUUAAAAAGAGGCCACUGACUGCAUAGCGCCAUAAAUUACACAUAUUGAUGCUCAUUUUAAAAUUCAUUCACAGAACUUGAAUGACUGUUGGCAAGAGCUGCAUUUAUUGCCCAUUCCUCGUAGAAGACUGAUGAGUCACUAUGUAGUCCACUUGGUGAAGGUAUUCCCACAGUUCUCUGGUUACCAAGCAACCAUUUAAAUGCUGCAGAGAGAGUUGGACUUAACAACGUGAUUCAGCAUUUCUAUGGAAUUUCUAUCCGGUAAACCAUCAAUCUUUCUUCACAAAUUCAUAGUCAAACAACAUAUGGCUGUUAGCCAUGUGUGAAGUGAGAAAAAAAAUGGGCCAAAAUUCUGGAAACAUUUUAGGGAAGGAAAGGGUGGUAGAGAAGUGGAGUGUUUCAGAGAAGUCAUUCUACUAGUAGGUUAGUUAGUCAUUGCAAAUUGUCCGGGAGUAUUCUGUGCAGUUUUGGUCCCCUAAUCUGAGGAAAGACAUUCUUGCCAUAGAGGGAGUACAAAGAAGGUUCACCAGAUUGAUUCCUGGGAUGGCAGGACUUUCAUAUGAAGAAAAACUGGAUCAACUAGGCUUAUACUCACUGGAAUUUAGAAGAUUGAGGGGGGAUCUUAUUGAAACAUAUAAAAUUCUAAAGGGAUUGGACAGGCUAGUGCAGGAAGAUUGUUCCCGAUGUUGGGGAAGUCCAGAACGAGGGGUCACAGUUUAAGGAUAAAGGGGAAGCCUUUUAGGACCGAGAUGAGGAAAAACUUCUUCACACAGAGAGUGGUGAAUCUGUGGAAUUCUCUGCCACAAGAAACAGUUGAGGCCAGUUCAUUGGCUAUAUUUAAGAGGAAGUUAGAUAUGGCCCUUGUGGUUAAAGGGAUCAGGGGGUAUGGAGAGAAAGCAGAUACAGGGUUCUGAGUUGGAUGAUCAGCCAUGAUCAUACUGAAUGGCGGUGCAGGCUCGCAGGGCUGAAUGGCCUACACCUGCACCUAUUUUCUAUGUUUCUAUGUCCUGUGAUUAGGUUUGUGUUAAAUAGGUGCAUUUCUGGGUAGUGUGGCUUGUUGAACUGGAAGGGGCUGUUCCUCACAUUAUGUCUAAAUCAGGGGUUUGCAACCUGGAGUAUAUAGAAACCUUGCUUAAUGGCAUAAAAAAAGAUUGGGGAUCCCUGCUCUAAAUAAAUAAACUCAGGGUCUAGGCAGCUAGAGAUCUGUUGGGGCCAGGCUUAUAGGCCUCAGGCCAAUAUCCUUCUGUUAAUUAAGCUAGUCAGGGCACCAAAUACACGAGCAGGAAGGUUAUACCCCAGCUUUGUAAAACAUUGGUUAGACCUCAACUGGACUACUGUAUGCAGUUCUGUUUACCAUCGUAUAGAAAGGAAGUGAUGGUUCUGGAGAAUGUGCAGAGGAGAUUCACCAGGACAUUGGCUAGGAUGGAGUGAGCAGUUAUGAGGUGAUAUUAGAGAGGCUAAGUCCAUUUUCCCUGAGAAGGUUAAGAGGCAACAUGUCUGAAGUAUAUUAAACUGUGAGAGGUAUAGACGGUGUAGAUUGUAGGAAACACAUUUGGAAGGUAGAUGAAACUAGAGGACAUACUGUAGAUUUAGAGUAAGAGUCAGGGGUACAGAGGGGAUCUGAUGAGGGCUUUUUCACCCAGAGAGUGAAGUACUACAGGCAGCAGAGUUGGUGACACAUUUCAGAUGGGCAAGGAUGAACAUCUGAAUCAGCCAGGCAUCUGGGCCAAGAGCUGGAAGUCGGGGUUAAUACAAUGGAUGCCCACCGGUUGUCAUGGAUUGGUGGGCUGCUGUAUGACUCUGUGUUUAAAAUUACCUGGAAGUUACGGUGUGAGGGAUUCGAAAAUGAGCAUUUUUAAAAGUGAGGCUUUAACCAGGGCAGAAGUGGGGCAGCAUGCAGAGUGGUUUUGUGUGAAUUAACCUGAGGUAAGAUUCAGGCAGCUGAGUUUUGCAGGACCUCAGGUCUGAAAAUUGUCACUGGGAUGGGGUGCAUUGGGGCUGUUGAAUUGAUCACAAGGAGAUGGCUGUUUCCAGAACAGAUAAAAAACUGUUAUGCUAUGGAACUCAGAGAUGCAAUGGGUGUGCAGCUUGGUGUCAAAUUGUGGGCAGGUGAUUACAUUAAACAGAUAACAUGCAGAAUUUUGGUGUUACAGACUGAAUUCCCUGUGAAUUUACUUCAUAAGUAGGAAGGUAUUUUCAUGGCAUCGAAACGUUUGUACCUUCAUUGUACUCACUGCCUUUCUGUGAGUCAGAUGACCCUGUAACUGUUAAUUUUUGACAACUGUAGUGAAUGAAGUCCUAGAUCUGGGAACCUGGCACCAAUCCAUUCUUCUUCUAAUUCAACAUUAUGCUAUUCUUAGCAAGUUUAGAACAAGAAUAUAUACCUUACUGGGGAUGAUAAAUCCCUUCCUUUUGUGAGAUAAUGCACAACAGAUGCACCAGGCGCAUAUCUCUGAGCUAAUACAGCAGUGCUACCCACUUACUCCCCCCUCAGCUUUACUUCCACAUCAAGGAAAGGAGCUGGCAGCUACAUUCAUUGAACAUAGAACAGUACAGCACAGUACGGGCCCUUCAGCCCACAAUGUUGUGCUGGCCCUUCAAACUGCUCCAAGAUCAAUCUUACCCUUCCAUCCCAAAUAGACCUUCAUUUUUCUAUCAUCCAUAUACCUGUCUAAUAUUUGCUUAAAUGUCCCUAAUGGACCUUGCUCUACCACCACCCCUGGCAAGGUGUUCCACUCACCCACCACUCUGUGUAAAAACCUACCUCUAACAUCUUCCCUAUACUUUCCUGUAAAAACACCUUGAAGUUAAGCCCCCCCUCAUAUUAGCCAUUUCUGCCUUAGGAAAAGAUCCCUGGCUACCCACACUAUGUAUGCCUUGUGUCACUUUGUACUCCUCUGAGGUGGAGUGUCACUGGUGUAAAAUCAAUGCUUUCAAAGCCUAGUAUUAAUUACAUUUGGUUCACCUUUAGUCUGUGAGAGACUCAUUCACUUCACUAACAGCAUUCAAGCCUUAUGCCAAAUAUUGGCAUUGGUAGGCUUCAGUUGAAGACACUGUGGAGUUGCACUUCUUAAACUCAACACAUGAACUCAGUGCCCAGUAUGGUAGGCGGCAUCGUAGAUCAAAUUGUGCCCAUCAGUCUUUACCAGUGAUCAGGAUUAGAUGCUAAACAUACAUGGCGCCAUAUGGAAUUGUAACAAAAUCCGGAAUAGAUAGACCUUACUGAGGAAGGUAAUCAAGCUGGUGGAUGAACAGGGCAUGGUGGAUUCGCAUUGGGCAUGAGUUCACAGAGUGACAGAAUGACUUUAAGGGGCUGAAUGGCAUCAUGUUGCUGUGCUUUGGCAAUGGCUAAAAGGCAGCCCAUAUCCGGUGAUGGUGUUGUACUCAACUGCUGGGUGGCUGGUGAGGCGAAGGGAAGCCAUGGAGUCGUGGACUUAACUCUGCCACUGGCAAAAGAAAGCAGCUAGGCAGUUCCUGGAACUUUGCCUUUGGGAGUCAGAAUGACAACUGGUGGAAAUAUGUAAAUAAAUUCACUAAUUAAGAUAAAUGAAUGUUAUUUUCUUUAAUUAAUGCUUCAUAUUAACUGGUAAAAUAAUAAGACCAAUAUCUGUACUUCUAACUGGGGGAUUAGUCAUUUCAAAUAGAGAAACUCAAGAGAUUUCUGCCUCAAUUUGAAUGAAUCAUCUUCAUCAAUUUGGAUCGUCAGGCACACUAAUGUACUAUAUUGUAUUUGAUUUAUAAAUAAAAGAAUCUGGCCUUCACAACCUCUUCCUAAUAAAGUAU